GAGCAACAGGCAGGCCGCACGCUCUUCCUUAGCUUGCCUGAAUUCUGUAGUCACGCACACUAGUCUCAGAUAUGGAUACUUGUCAUCAAUCCAUAGAGACCGCAGAUGGCAAGAAGGACUACAGUGACCCUGUCCCAGCACCAUUCGUGAACGCCGGCGAGCUGGGCAAGUGGUCCCUGUACCGCGCCGUCAUCGCCGAGUUCGUGGCCACGCUGCUCUUCGUGUACGUCACGCUGGCCACCGUCAUCGGGCACAAGCGCGAGGCCGAGUCCCAGCCGUGCGGCAGCGUCGGCGUGCUGGGCAUCGCCUGGUCCUUCGGCGGCAUGAUCUUCGUGCUCGUCUACUGCAUCGCCGGCAUCUCCGGCGGCCACAUUAACCCGGCGGUCACCUUCGGCCUGCUGCUGGCGCGCAAGCUGUCGCUGGUGCGCGCCGCGCUCUACGUGGUCGCGCAGUGCCUGGGCGCCAUGUGCGGCGCCGGCCUCGUCAAGGCCUUCCACGGCGCCCACUGGUACCUUCGCUACGGCGGCGGAGCCAACGAGCUCGCCGCCGGCUACUCCAAGGGAGCCGGUCUGGGCGCCGAGAUCGUGGGCACCUUCGUCCUCGUCUACACCGUGUUCUCGGCCACCGACCCCAAGCGCAAGGUCAGGGAUUCGCACGUCCCGGUCCUGGCGCCGCUGCCCAUCGGAUUCGCGGUGUUCAUGGUGCACCUGGCCACCAUCCCCGUCACCGGCACGGGCAUCAACCCGGCAAGGAGCCUGGGGCCGGCCGUUGUGUACAACCAGCGAAAGGCGUGGGAGGAUCACUGGAUAUUCUGGGUCGGCCCACUCAUCGGCGCCGCCGCCGCCAUGCUCUACCACCAGUUGGUCCUCCGCGCCGGCGCAGCCAAGGCCUUCGCGUCCUUUCGCAACAACCAGCACUUCUGAAUCUCUGAUCCUCCCGUCGGCACGACGAUACAUGGAUUCCAAUUUUCGCCGUGCAUGCAUUUCGUGUCUCCAGUGUUUGCGUUGUGUAUCGCUUACGAUUUCAUCGGCUUCCAUUCCAAGUUUUCGAUCAGCUACCUGUUUAUUGUGGACCGUAACACUACGUUCUGUAUUUUUCAACUUACUGUAUCUAUCUAUGUACUGAUUUAGGUUCAGUGCAAACACUUUCCCUGUUUGUAUAAUUCAUCUCA